GUGAGGGUGGGGGUGGGGUGGGCAAGAAAAGCUUUUAAUUUGUAUGUAGUGUAAUGAUGUUCCUCAAAAACAUUUUGCCAUUUUACAGUGAGCUAAGAGAGAGGUAAGAGGAGAGAAAACAAAACACACUAUACUACUACACUACACUACUCUUUCAAAUUCCAAAACACACAACACAAACAAAGAUGUUUGAUGGUGUGCCUGACCAAUUCCACCACUUCAUAGCUUCCUCAAGAGCCCCACUUCAAAUCCCCUUCCCUUUCCCACUUCAUGCCACCACUUCACCACCACCACCGCCACCACAACCACCACCACCAUCACCACCAACGCCACUGGCACAAACUUUUCCGACGUUUGAUCCUUACCCGUCUCACCAAACCCUUCAACCCCAUCAGCACCACCAGCACCAGCACCACCACCUCCACCACCACCUGUCCUCGGCCCCACCGCCACCACAACCCAAGAAUGGAGGCUCCAAGGAAGACCAAACCACAACACUCCUCUCCACAAGCUUGGUGCUGGAGAGGGAGAGAUCAUCAGGCGAACCGGGCGGUCCAUGGUCUAAUGAGGAAGUGCUUGCUCUACUGAGGAUCAGAUCUAGCAUGGAGAAUUGGUUCCCAGAUUACACUUGGGAACAUGUCUCAAGGAAGCUUGCAGAGCUUGGGUUUAAGAGGAGCCCAGAGAAAUGCAAGGAGAGAUUUGAAGAGGAAAACAGAAACCUUAACAGUCUAAGCUUCAACAAGAACAGCUUCCGGUUCUUCAGUGAACUGGAUGAACUGUACCAACACCAAGGGGGGGAUCACAAGAAUCAGCACAACGAAGAAUCGGUCCAAACACGAAACAUUAAUAAUCAACCCCCCGCGCUUAGACGAGAAGCAGCAGCAGUAGCAGUAGCAGUAGCAGCAGAAGCCCAGAGCCUGGAAGAAGGGUCAGGGAAUGUGGAUCAUAACAGCACGACUUCGAGGUCGAGCAAGAGCAACAAUAAUAAUGGUGAUGAGAAGAAGAGGAAGAGGAAGGGGAAGAGGAAGAGGGAGUUGGAGAUGUUCAAAGGGUUCUGUGAGGAGAUUGUGGAGAGGAUAAUGGCACAGCAAGAGGAGCUGCACAGCAAGAUUAUUGAGGAUAUGGUGAAGAGAGAAGAGGAGAAGAUUGCAAGGGAUGAGGCUUGGAAGAGCCAAGAGAGGGAGAGGCUAAACAAGGAGAUUGAAGCCAGGGAGAAAGAACAUGAGAUUGCUAGCAAUAGACAGGCCAAGAUUAUUGAGUUCUUGAACAAGUUUGCUUCUUCUUCUUCUCCUUCUUCUUUACAUUCUCCCUUAGAUCAAUCACUUUUUGACAAAUUUAAUGAUCUUUUUGACCCUCCAAAUAAUAAUCCUAAAACCCCUUCCUCAACUCACCCUCACGGUGAAAUAAUGGGCACCAAGAAGACCAAAAAAGUUUCAUCUUUUCCCCAUCAAAACCCUACUUCCAAUAAUCCAACUCAAAGCUCCACAAACCCUAGCUUCACUUCACCAACAGAGACACUGAUAAUGCCCUCCAUGGAUUUGGGUCCGGAAAACCACCCAACCCCCCAGUCUAAAGACACCCAAUUGGAGCCUAAUACUCAAAAUGGAGGGGGAGAUAUAGGGAAGAGAUGGCCAAGGGAAGAAGUGUUGGCACUGAUCAACAUGAGAUGCAGCCUAAAUAACAACAACAGUGAUAAUAGUAGCAAAGAUGGAGCAAAGGGGCCUCUUUGGGAGAGGAUAUCUCAAGGGAUGCAAGAAUUGGGGUACAACAGAAGUGCCAAAAGGUGCAAGGAGAAAUGGGAGAACAUAAACAAAUACUUUAGGAAGACAAAAGAUAACAACAAGAAAAGAUCUGUUGAUUCCAGGACUUGCCCUUAUUUCCACCAGUUGAGCAGCUUGUACAGCCAGGGAAAACUUAGGGGGGACUCGCCGGAAAACCGCUCAUCAGCAGAUUAACCGGACCGGAAAACCGCUCGAGCUGCCAAUAAUGCUGCAGGUGAAGGAGGGUGCAGUGGAGUUCCAUUUUUAAAACUCAAAUUUGAAUUUUAUGCAUGUGCAGUAGCAUUUUUGUCUGUGAUUAGAUUUAGGUGGUUGAGUAUCUUUCUUUGGUGAUAUUGAAGUAUCAAAAUCCAUUCUGACAAUGUUUGUUUGAUUACAUUAUGGUUCUCAGACA